AUGUCGACUUCUUCAGACAAAGGCGGUGGUUUUGGAGUGCCAGAGACCCCGCAGGCCCAAGCAAAGCCAGGGUUGGAAUCCCAGAUGCAGCCGGCCAGUGAAGCUACCAAAGUGGAGACACCAGACGGUUUGGUUGAAUACGCGGGCAGUGGGAAGUUAAAGGAUAAGAAGGUUCUCAUCACUGGUGGAGACUCCGGAAUCGGUCGCUCGGUUGCCAUCCUCAUGGCAAGAGAGGGGGCCGACAUCACGAUUGCCUAUCUGCCCGAAGAGCAAAUCGAUGCCGAGGAGACGAAGAAAGCGGUCGAGGCAGAGAAGCGAUCAUGUCUUCUCGUUCCCGGGGAUUUGUCCAAGCGCGAUACAUGUCGCGCAACGGUUGAGAAACACAUUGAGAAGUACAAGAAGCUUAAUGUGCUUAUCAACAAUGCAUCCAAGCAGUAUAUCUGCAAGGACUUCGCCGAGGUCGACCUCGACAAAGUGCAAGAGACGUUCCAGUGUAAUGUCCUCCAGAUGAUGGCGGUUACCAAGUUUGCCCUUCCGCACAUGUCCAGCGGUGACUCCAUUAUCAACUCUUCGUCGGUGACGGCCUUCCGAGGAUCCAGUGGCAUGGUGGAUUACUCCUCCACCAAGGGCGCUAUCGUUAGUUUCACCCGGGCUCUGGCGGCCCAGCUGGCGCCCAAGGGGAUCCGCGUGAAUUGUGUGGCACCGGGUGUUAUCUACACACCUAUUCAAGCCGACACACGAGAGCCCGAUCAGAUGGCUGGUUUGGGCAAAGGCUCCCGGAUUGGUCGGCCUGGUCAACCGGUGGAGGUUGCAACCAGCUAUGUAUUUCUGGCGAGCCCUGAAUCCUCCCUGUAUUGUACGUUCACACCCCUUCGACCCCAGUCAUUUUGUGUGGAUGGAUACUUACUCUCAAUAGAUGGUCAAGUGAUGCACUGCUACCCGAUGGGUGAUUAA